UGUGUGUGUGUGUGUGUGUGAGCUGUAUAAACCUCCCGACGUUAUUUCUGGACCGUGACCUUCUCCCUGCGCUUUUCUCGUGCACUAUUUCGUGCUGCCUCUGCGCACUGAACAUAGUGUUGUUGGAUCAUGGCCUGAUUUGGACAUCUAGAAAAGCAAUAAACCGGAACUACACUUUCUACGGCAGGAAAUCUGAUGCAUGAAGGUUGCACCCGUGUUUCCUCGGAUAAUCUGUGAAACCAUCAUCAUGACCAAAGACGAUGAAAUCCCUGACUGGGUGGGAGCUAAAGAGUUCUAUGAAAAAUAUGAUCCCAAGGAGAUCCUUGGAAGGGGAGUUAGCAGUGUGGUCAGACGAUGUGUAAAUAAACGCACAGCACAUGAAUAUGCCGUCAAAAUCAUCGACAUAACACCAUCAGAUAAAACAACACCUCAAGAGAUUGAGGAGAUCAGGGAAGCCACAGUGAAAGAGAUCGAAAUCCUGAGGAAAGUGUGUGGGCAAGAGAACAUAAUUCAGCUGAAGGACUGCUAUGAGACAAAAUCCUUCUUCUUCUUGGUCUUUGACUUAAUGAAAAAAGGAGAGCUGUUUGAUUAUCUCACUGAGAAAGUUACACUGAGUGAGAAAGAGACAAGAAAGCUUAUGCGUGCUUUGCUGGAAGUGGUUAGCUUCCUUCACUCCCAGAACAUAGUUCACAGAGACCUGAAGCCAGAAAACAUCCUCCUGGAUGACAACAUGAACAUCAAACUGACCGAUUUUGGCUUUGCCGUACAGAUUGCAUCAGGGCAGAAGCUUAAAGAGGUAUGUGGAACACCAGGUUAUUUGGCUCCAGAAAUUAUCGAGUGCUCCAUGGAUCCUCAUCAUCCAGGCUAUGGCACUGCAGUGGAUAUCUGGAGUGCUGGUGUGAUCAUGUAUACACUCCUGGCUGGCUCUCCUCCAUUCUGGCACCGGAAACAGAUGCUGAUGCUGCGCAUGAUCCUGGCAGGAAACUAUCAAUUUACAUCGCCAGAGUGGGACGAUCGCUCAGACACCAUCAAAGAUCUAAUCUCCAAAAUGUUGGUGGUGAAUCCAGAGCAACGUUACACAGCCAACGAUGCCUUGAAUCACCCGUUCUUUCAGCAGUAUGUGGUGGAGGAGGUGCGGCAUUUCAGCCCGUACAGGAAGUUUAAAGUGAUCUGUAUGACUGUCCUCGCUUCGGUGCGCAUUUACUGCAAUUAUCGUCGUGCUAAACCCGUCACCAAGGACGUGAUCAGGAGUGACCCCUAUGCAGUGAAACCAAUUCGCAAACUCAUCGAUGCUUGUGCAUUCAAGAUAUAUGGACACUGGGUGAAGAAAGGCCAAACGCAGAACAGAGCAGCCUUAUUCGAGAACAGCCCAAAGGCCAUUUUACUCUCUAUAGCGGCCGAGGCUGAAAAUUCCUCAUUGCGUACCUGGUAGACGAAAAUGAGAAACUGGGAAAGUGGCUUGAUCAAGAAUGUUGCAAAUCACUUUUCUGGAAUGUGUUACUAUUCUAAAUUCAGGAAACUGACUUCUAAUCUUAUUUUGCAAUGGUAAAUGUGCAAAUAUUUUUUAGCUAUAAUUUAUUUGGAAGAACAGAGAGCAACUCUGAAAUGUCCUGUGGAAGAAAUAUGUUCUAAAUGAAUUUUGUUUGACAUUAUGGAAGCUGAAAUAUUUGCGUAUCUCCAAGUGUUAAGCAACACAUGUAUGUUAAAACCUCAAUAAUAAGCUUUUACAUACCUCACAUAUGUACAGUGUAGCUUGAAAUGGGUUUUUAACUAUAUACACUCAUUAAACUAUUUAGGUUGUUGGAUGUAAAGCAAAGUGCAAAGAGUAGCAUCAGUGAAAGUAGCAUCUAUUUUGUCCUGCUUGACUGUCAUG